UCCCGCGCACCCAGGCAGCUGUUGAAGGCGGCUGCGGUUCGAGCGAGAUGCCAGCCUACCGUAGACUAUACGCACGGCAUACACUUCUAGUUCCACUGUCCCGAGUCCCGGUAGUAGUAAACCCCGCCCAUCCAAAGCGGGACCGCAAUGAUUUAGAAGUUCAGGAAUCCCACGUGACGUCACCUUAGGGGUGAUGUAAUGCUUCUGUAAAUAGAAUGUAUUGUAAUCCUGCCUCAGUCCAACGUGGUUCCUCUCAACUCAGUGCCGCUUGUCCGCUCCACUUGUUAGGUUUGUCUCUCCUCUGGUCUCUCUGACUGUAGAUUUGUAAUGGAGAUGAAUGAUGAACAGGACCGGCCCUAUGGAUGCAGCACUCCUGGCUGCUCACAGCGGUUCCAAACAGAAGACCACCUGAUGAUCCACAGACACAAGCAUGAGAUGACCCUCAAGUUCUCCUCCAUCAAGACUGAUCCCCUCGCAGACCAGACCCCAACGCCGACCCGUUUCCUGCGUAACUGUGAGGAGGUGGGUCUCUUCAAUGAGAUCGAACAGGAGUUCUGCCAGGCACAGGAGGAGCAGAACAACAAACAGACUCAGAAUCUCCCUCAGAAUGGAUCAUCAUGUGCCAAUCAGCCCCAGGCACAGCCCCACUCCCAACACCAACCACUGCCCCAUGGUAGUAUGAGGGGUCUAAGCUGCAGCAUGGCUGGCCAACAAGCACUGCCCUCUGCCCAGUCCAACUCAGUCAUCACCCAGGCCCCCUCCAUGCUCACACACUCAGGACCAGUCCCUGGGCCCCUCUCCUCCCUACUGCACCUGAGGAACAACAGACAGAGACAGCCCCUGGCUGCCUCUAUGCCUGGCACUCUGCCAGACCCAGACAUGCAGGGAGCAUCUGCCCAGCACAUGUCUAUGGAAAGACAGAUGUCUAUGGGAUCCAGUAUGAUGAGCAUCCAAGGUCCCCUCCACAACACUUCCUGCUCUUCACCUCAGAGGGCUAAAACUAUGGGUCACCCCCACCAACACCAUCACCAACACCAACACCCCGGAGCUGUCGCCAACAGCAACAUGGAUCCCACCAUAGGUCACAUGAUGGAGAUGAUGUCACCGCGGCAACGACACACUCACCUGCAGCAGCCUCAUCAGCACCUGCAGCAGACUCUGCCCAUCUCCUACCAGCAGCACUGCCACGCCUCUCCACAUCACCUGGGAAGCGCCCACAGCCAGGGGCACCAAUCAGGGAAUGUGCUGCAUCAUCAGGUUCACCAAUCACCUCCCUCGCAACUGCAGGCCAGCCACACCCACCAAACCUCCCCUCAGCUGCCCCUCCACUCCAUAGCUGUUCAGUCAUCCCAGCAGACACAUUCCCUGCAUGCAGGCCAGGUGGCUGGAGGACGUCGCAGGAGGUCUGUGGGCCAGGACCCAGACGAGCGCAGGCAGAAGUUCCUGGAACGCAACAGAGCUGCGGCCACGCGAUGCAGACAGAAGAGGAAGGUCUGGGUGUCUGCUCUGGAGAAGAAGGCAGAGGAGCUGACGCACAACAACAUGCAGCUCCAGAAUGAGGUGACCACUCUGAGGUCAGAGGUUGGUCAGCUGAAGCAGAUCCUGCUGACCCAUAAAGACUGUCUGGUUACCGCCCGCCAGAGAGAAUCACAGGGGUACCUCAGUCCAGGGAGUUCGACAGGAAGUCCGUCCCCCCUGUGUCCCGGGUUGCAGCGGCAGGCCAUCCAAUCCAACAGCAUCUCCACCUCCUCAGCCUCCUCAGAUUAAAAAUGAAAGCAUGGAUGGCUGAAUUUCAUUAGUUCACAAGAGUUGGAUCCAGGGUUGCCCAUGCACACACAGGGUUUAAUCCCUGGUUCCAAGGGGUUGAAUCAGUUCUAGAAUCAGCUCACCCUUCCCAUAAUCAUUGGUGGUUGCAUCUCAGUAGUCUAAAUGGCUCCCUCUCCUGCUCUCCUAGCCUCAAUGGACACAGGUAUGACAGAACUGGACUGACUGGCCUCUACAAGCCUUGAGUCUCUGCUACCGUUGCACAUUUACAGUGACUUUCCUGAAAUUCCAGAAAUCCCGGUUGGACGAUUCCCGGAUUUCCUGCUUAUUGCCUCCUGAUUUCCAUAAAACCUGUGAAUUUUGGUGAAGUUACAGAAUUGUUGCAACCCUAGUCUAUGUCUCUCCAACACUGUGAUGAUAGUCACAUGUAAAUUGGAUCAUAUUGUGUCUUUAGGAAUCUCAGUCAAUCUAUGUGUCUCUGUUAGUGUGAAAUCAGAAAUCCAAGUACUGCUCUAGGACUGUUCCAACCUGGGCUCUGUGUGCAAACAUACCUGUUAUUAUGUCCUUUAGCUUAAAGUAGUGACUGCAUACAGUUUUGUUAAUGGUCCCACAUGGGAGUCAACCCCACAACCCUGGCAUUGCAAGCACCACCAUGCUGUACCAACUGAGCCACACGGGACUUCAUCGCGUCAGCUUGUUCUCAGAAUGUGACAUGGUUAGGUCUUGGUUAGGUUUUGGUUAGGUCUUGGUUAGGUCUUGGUUAGGUCUUGGUUAGGUCUUGGUUAGGUUUUGGUUAGGUCUUGGUUAGGUCUUGGUUAGGUCUUGGUUAGG